AUUUAGGUGACGUAAAUAAGAAGCCAGUGCUCCAGCGGAUGAGGUGUGGUCAAAGAAUCACUUCUGAGAAUGUCGUGAUCAUAUAAAUGCUCAUUAUUGACAAAGGACAGACUUGUUUUAGCGACGUGAGGGUGCUUGUGGUUUUUGUACAAACGCUGCAGUUGCAGCUUGGGCUCAUCAGGGUUUUCAUUUUUAAAAGCAAGCGGACUCCACUCCAGAAACACCAGACAGCCAUGUACUUGCGACCAAGGGCUUUCUCUCAACCUGGAGGAGCAAACACCUUUCCAGGCCUUAAAAACAUCCGAAUUCUGCGUCCAAGAGCUCUGACUUCUCACUUUACGUCACCUUUAGAGGAUGAGCUCUCCUGUCCGAUCUGCUUCGAGAUCUUCACCGAUCCCGUGGUCCUAAAGUGCAGCCACAGCUUCUGCCGCCUCUGCCUUCAGCAAUUCUGGAACAAGAAGGCGACCAAGAAGAAAUGUCCCGUGUGCAGGAUGAAGUGUUCUCUGACGGAGCCCACCGUGAGUCUGGCUCUGAAGAACGUUUGCGAUGCCAUUGCUCAGGAGCAGAAAGGACAAGCGUCUGCGACAGCAGGCUCAUAUUCAGCCAACGGGACGUCCAAACCAGAGGCUCUCUGCGCCACUCACGGGGAGGGACUCAAAUUGUUCUGCCAAUAUGACGAAGAGGUUCUCUGCUGUGUUUGCCAAACGUCCAAGAAACAUCAAGGCCACAGUGUGUGUCCUUUGGAAGAAGCAGCAAAUGAUCUCAAGGACGAAAUGCGGCAGAUUGUCAUCCCACUUAAGAAAAGUCUUCGACGCCUCUAUGAGACCAAACAGGAAUAUGAUGACAUAACUGUCCACAUCAAGAACCAAGGGCAACAGACAGAGAAACAAGUUCACGAGGAGUUUAACGAGCUCCGGCAAUUUCUUCUGAAGGAGGAAGCUGCGAGGAUUGCUGUUCUGGCAGAAGAAGAAGAGACAAAGAAACAGAGGAUGAAGAAAAAAACGGACAUAGUCGCUCGUGAUAUACUCACCUUUUCUCAUGCUGUCAUAGCCAUUGAAAACGAGAUUGCUAAUGAUGACAGCCUCUUUUUACAAAACUACAAGAAUGUCAAAAUGAGAGCUCAGAUAGCAUUUCACGAACCAGAAAAGGUCCCCAAUACUCUAAUUGACGUUGCAGAGCACAUCGCCUCGCUGAAGUUCAGAGCGUGGGAAAAAAUGCAGAGCCUGGUGGAAUACAUUCCAGUGACGUUGGACCCCAACACAGCCUACCCCUGUUUGUCUCUAAGCAAGAGCCUGACGAGUGUGUGCAACACAGGGACGAUGGAAGGGCUGCCUAAUAACCCGGAGCGCUUUGACCACUUUGAUUUUGUACUGGGCUCCAAGGGUUUCACCUCAGGAUGUCAUUCCUGGGAGGUGGAUGUGGGCCAAAAUAAUGACUGGGUAAUCGGUGUGGUUAAAGCAUCGGUAGCCAGGAAAGGCAAAAUCUCAGGCUGUCCCGAAGGUGGAUUCUGGACCAUCGCUCUCUUUGAUGGGAAGUACACGGCCAUGACCAGCCCCCACACCCCGCUCGAUCUGAAGGGUCACCUGGAGAGGGUUCGGGUGAAGAUCGACUAUGAUGCUGGAGAGGUCAGCUUCUUUGACUCAGUGGGUGUCAUACCUGUCUACACGUUUAACGACCGUUUCACUGAGGCCAUGUUCCCUUUUUUCUGUCCGGGGGCAAAUAUAAAUGGGAAUAAUCCUGGGCCGCUGAAGAUCUGCCCCGUGAGAGUGGCAGUGUGGAACAGUGCCUCCUGGUGACGCCAGCUUUAUUUACGUAUUUCUGCUUCAGUUAUAGAGUACCAGUCAAAGAUUUGGAAAAUGUUUACCUUUGAAUCUGUUAAAUGACGAUUUUUCCAGGUUUUAGAAUGAAGUCAAAUCAUAAAAUAAGUCAAAUUGAAGUAUGACCAGGUGUGACUAAUAUUUGAUCUUCAUCGAAGUCACCAGCAUUAAUCUGGAUUCCAGCUCUGCACACUCUGGGCUUCUCAUUUAAGAGGUGCAUUCUGGGAUGCAUGUUCACAUGUAUGCUAGAAACCAAACAGUCCAACUUGUCAAUUUUAAAUAAAUGAAUAGAACCAUAUGUAGGUAAGCACAGCUUAAAUUAACCUGUCAUGGAAUUUCCUUUUGAAUCAGCCGUCCAGUAGUUACCCGAUGAGACUCACUUUUAAAAAUGAAAGUUCUCUCUUUGCAUCUGUGAUUCCAUGAAAAACCUUUAAAUCCACGGAACCUUUAAAUACGGAUUUUCUAAAGUUUGGAUUUUCUAAAGAACCUUUUAAAAGUUCUUUUAAGAACUUUUCACUGAAUGGUUCUUUGGGGAAGCAAAUACGGUUAGUCUAUGGCACUGAUCUGAAAGCCUCUGUAUUUCAAUGCUACUUGAAUGCUACAGCAAUAAAGACUCUUAUCUCUCAAUAGAAUUUACUCAAUGGCUGGGAACUCUUUACCAUUCAUCGAAGAGACUCGGAAAAUAUAAGCAUGCACACUCUUUAUGGAGUAGUUUUCUGCACAUGUUUUCUGCACACAAACUGACCGUUAUUAAUUUUUCAAUUAUUUCUCAAAAUGUCUACCCAAAAAACUGUUAGUCUCAUAUUCCCCACCAACAGUUAUUUAUAUUUUAAUUCAGUAGAGGCUUCUUAGCCUUCUAAGCUGAAGACAGAGAAUGCCUGCAAAUUUAAUUUCAUGCAUUUAAGCAUAAUACUUACACUAAAUAGAUUUGAAAGCGCACAAGAAGCUCAGUCAGGUCUAUCCACAACUUUGUGUAUGAUGUUUUAUGGGCAGUUUGUUGUCUACCAAAGUAUAUGUUUGGAUAAUUUUCUAAUAUUUAUGUUUACCUCAUAUAUAAAUGGAACUGAUAUGUAAUGCAAAAUUAGAAAAGCAUGUUUGUAUUUAUUGAGCUUCUCACAAGUGUGAUAUGUUAAUUUGCUAAACUCAGUAGAUCUAUGUACCAAUUCAUAAAACUCUAGGAUAUUGUAUAAAAUAUAUAGAAAUCAUAAAAUUCUAUGCUGUUUGUUAAAGUGCAUGUAAUAGCAAUAAAUGCUGUUCAUGGUUUUUUAUAAUUAUUUUAUGGUGAAUAGAAAAUUAUAUAGCACAUAAUGUUUGUGCAUUCCGAUAAAUGACACAAUCUCACAGUAUUGUUUGUUUAGUUCAUUUUAUUGUAUUGAACACGAAGAAUGAAGUUACCAUGUCAUAAGCACUGAUGACUCAGCUUAUCACUUUGCUAAUAAUGGGUUAAAUAGGUC